CUUCCACCUAGUCCCGUCAGCCCCACACACUGUGGUCAAGAACCAGGGGCCUCGCCUAGAUGUCUGCGCAUAGUCUCUGGGGCUGAGCCCUAGCAUCCACGUCCCCAGCUCCGAGGAACGGAAGCCCUCCAGAGAGGCUACAUAGAAGCCCCUUUGUGUUCGGCCACUUCCUGGAAAAGGAUCGGGGGAACCAGCGUGAGACUAGGACCAGGAAAACCUGGGGUUAGCCUCUCACGUCAUCUAUGUUUUAUUCCCCCAAAACCCAGGUGGAGCGGCCCCGCUACCCUGAAGAUGAAAGGCUGGGGUUGGCUGGCCCUGCUGGUGGUGGCCCUGCUGAGCACUGCGUGGGCUCGGAGGAGCCAGGAUCUGCACUGUGGAGCUUGCAGGGCCCUGGUGGAUGAACUGGAGUGGGAAAUUGCCCAGGUGGACCCCAAGAAGACCAUUCAGAUGGGGUCUUUCCGGAUCAACCCAGAUGGCAGCCAGUCAGUGGUGGAGGUGCCUUAUGCCCGCUCAGAGGCCCACCUCACCGAGCUGCUGGAAGAGGUGUGUGACCGAAUGAAAGAAUAUGGGGAGCAGAUUGACCCUUCCACCCACCGCAAGAACUACAUCCGUGUAGUGGGACGGAGUGGAGAAGCCAGUGAGCUGGAUCUCCAGGGCAUCCGAAUUGAUUCCGACAUCAGUGGCACCCUCAAGUUUGCGUGUGAGAGCAUCGUGGAGGAAUAUGAGGACGAGCUUAUUGAAUUCUUUUCCAGAGAGGCUGACAAUGUUAAAGACAAACUGUGUAGUAAACGAACAGAUCUAUGCGACCAUGCCCUGCACAUAUCUCAUGACGAGCUAUAAACUACUGGAGUGACCCAGACGGACAGGCUUGAUGGAGCACCCCCAGGAGGGGCAGAGGGUGGCUAUGCCUUUUAUAUUAUGUUUUUACUGAAAUGAACUGGAAAAAAUAUGAAACGAAAGUACAAUCUG